UGAUUGGACGAUAGAAGCUGAACUUUGUCACUUGAGUCAGUUAUUAUUCAGAGUUUGUGCAGCUGCUGACACCAAACUGAUCCCAGAGACUCUCGGCGGGAGACCGUCAGGAUGUUGUGACUCCUCAGAGUUUCCAAACAUCGUGCUCUGUUCAGCGUCUUCCUCCAUCAGAACCUCCGCCACCCACCGCCACCACAGCGCCCCCCGCAGCCAUGGAGAGCAUCCCGAGGAGGUGGGUGCUGAAGCCUCUGUCCCCCCUGCUGCAACUCUCAGAUCUGCGCACCAUCGCUGGCCCCACUCAGACCGACGCCUCUGCCCUGGACGAUCCAGUCUUCACCUCCAGCAGCAUCUCCAUCGCCCGCAGUCAUUCAUCGGUGGUCGUCUCCUCGCAGCAGGGCAACGGGUCCGGGGACGUGGUGGUUCAGGCCCGGCAGGUCGCGGUGUCGCAGGACAGAGGGAGCACCAGCGACGAGUGGAAUCCCAGCAGCCCCAGCAGUCCCAGCAGCAGCUCGGGCUCUCACUGCGGUUUCUACUCCUUCGUGGAAGAUCCGACGAGUCAGGAGGCGGAACUGAACGAAGCCUGGAUGGUGUCGCCGCAGCGUCAGACGCAGCUGUCGACCCUGAAGGAGGAGAAAGGAUUCAGACUGCAGACGUACGCCAGCAGCAGGAAGCCAGAGAGUCUGUUUGCAGACGGAAAUGGAGAUGCGCAGUACAGAGUGGAUCAGAGCGAUGGUGUUGAGGUGGUCCGGGAGGAAGAGGAGCAGCAGCUGAGGAAGGAGAUCAUUCGCAGCCAAGCACCAAAGAAGAACCUGACAUUCAAAGAUCAGCUGAGUGCUCUGGAGAAUCUGGAUCUGAGCCGUUCCCCCAACAAGCUGAUGGAAGGUUUCAGUGUGAGCUUCAGUCCUGUCGCCUCCAGACCGCGACCUCCGAGCCCGGCUGCGCCCGGGACCAUCGACGAGGAACAGAUCAACUUCAGCACCGCCCGACAGCAGUUUCUGAAGAUGGAGCAGGACAGGCUGACUGCAGUCCCCAGUCCUCUGAGAUCCUCCAUAACACACCUGAACACGUCUCUGCAGACAGAUCCUGAUGCGUCCUUAUCGAAGCAGGUAGAGUCAUCAUACCACGGCAUGGAGACAUACAGCGGGGUGGAGACAAGUGAAGCUCCAACAGCAUUCAAACCAACAGAAGAUGAGGCGUUCCCUGAGAGGAAGGUGGCGGUGUGUCAGACUGAGAAGCCUCUCAGCCGGCAGAGCAGCGUGUUCGAUGACCUGGACUCCGGCCUGGAGGAGCUGUCUGUGGAGGUGGGCGGCGGCUACACCAGCGACGAAGGUGUGUUCAAUGACAACACUCAGCAACAGGACAGGAGCAGUGUGUCCAAGAGUGACUAUGAGACACCGAUUGAGAGGGAGAUCCGCUUAAAUCAGGAACGUGAGGAGAACCUGCGACGCUCUCGAGGGCUGAAGCUCAGCGACAGCAGAGCAGAGAUGGUUGAGAUCAAAACCAAACGCUUACAGACGCUGCCGCUGCUGACACUCAUCAAAUCCAAAGAGAAGAACAGAGUGAGCUUCAUUAUCCAACGCGAGAUCCAGAAGGAGAAUGAGAGGAGGGAGGAGCCUCAUCAGGAGGGAGGACACAGUCCAGAUCCUCCGCAGGACCCGGAGGACAUAAAGAUGGAGUCUGUCCAGCAGGACGAGGACGAGAGGACAGAGGCCAGAGUUCAGUCUGGAGACACAGACAUCUUCCUGUCUCCCUGCUGUCCUCAUCGACACUCCGAAGAGACCGAGCGCUACAUCAGCCAGAUGAGUUCAGCUCCACCUUCCUUUUCUGUGAGGGACUCAGAUGUCCAGUACACAAGAGGCCUCCGCCAAGAUCUAACAACUUCUUCAUCCUUCCGCGCCUCCUCCUCCUCCUCUUCCUCUUCCCCAACACCUCGACGUGAUAUGACCUGGACCACGCCGCGGUCCUGGAGGGAGAACCUGGAGUCCACGGGCCUGCAGUCCAGAGGGACAGGCGCUCCAGAUUUCAUCGAGAAGGAGAUCGAGGAGGCGUUGAGACGGGAGCAGGAGCUGAAGGAGCUGAGGGAGUCCAGAGAGGAGACAGACGGACGGCUCCUCUCUCCGGCUCCUCUGGUGGAGCAGGCGAACAAGAUGGCCAUCAGUCAGUUCUACCCUCCUGUAAACGCAGACAAACCUGUCAGUGUGUCCUCCCCCUCUCCUCGUCCCUUUGUCCGUCUGUCCUCCUUCUCCUUCAUCACGGCUCAGCCCUGGUCCUACUCACCUCCUCCCUCCUCCUCCCCCGCGGCGCACAGCUCGGCGCCUCCUCCUGUCGGAGGACUGACGGACACACUGCUGCAGGACUUCGAGGAGAGACGAGUCAAACUGAAGCUGGAGGAGAGCGCAUACGCAGGAAUUCAGCCGGUUGAUGACGUGAAUAACGAGGUCGUUGAGUCGACUCGAGUUACUCGACAUAAAAACCAACGCGCUCUACGCUGGGAGGCCGGAGUGUUUGCCAACCGGGAGGACCAGGAGGACCAGUGAGACCAGCAGGAGCUGGCCCUGCAGCAGGAGAGGAAGAGGAAGAUGGUGUCCCCUCACGAACAGGACUUUGGUCUGGUUCCUCAAGAUGAGGGUAAAAUGGUUUAAACUGGAACACUCCAAAGAAAUGGCUGCUCCUGAUUGGUCCUCUCUCCUCAUCCAAUCAGCUGCCUCGUGUCUGACUCCUGUAGAGUGGAAGUUAAGAGUUAAAGUGAGUGAAGAAGAGCAGUGGUUUGUUUGAUCACCUGACGCAGAGAAACAGGAAGUUCCUGCUUGUUUUCAUGGUUUCAAACUGACGCAGAGAAAAAAAUAAAAAUAAAGUUUCAAACUGUU